GUAGAAGCCGCCUGUGACAGAAACCUUGGAGUUGUGUAUCGAUCAGUUGGCGAAUAUGACAAGGCGAGAGAACAUCUCGAGAAUUCACUUGCGAUCAACAAAGAAAUCGGUGACAGAAAUGGAGAAGCCGACUGUUACGUAAACCUUGGAGCUGUGUAUGAAUCAGUUGGCGAAUAUGACAAGGCGAGAGAACAUCUCGCGAAGUCACUUGCGAUCAACAUAGAAAUUGGUGAUAGAAAUAUAGACGCCGCCUGUUACCUAACCCUUGGAAAUGUGUAUUAUUCAGUUGGCGAAUAUGACAAGGCGAGAGAACAUUUCGAGAAAUCACUAGAGAUCAGAAAAGAAAUCGGUGAUAGAAAUGGAGAAGCCAACUGUUACGUAAACCUUGGAGUUGUGUAUUUAUCAGUUUGCGAAUAUGAUAAGGCGAGAGAACAUUUCGAGAAAUCACUUGCGAUCAACAAAGAAAUCGGUGACAGAAAUGGCGAGGCCCCCUGUUACGGAAACCUUGGAGCUGUGUAUCGAUCAAUUGGCGAAUAUGACAAGGCGAGAGAACAUGUCAAGAAAUCACUUGCGAUCAGAAAAGAAAUCGGUGACAGAAAUGGAGAAGCCGGCUGUUACCUAACCCUUGGAAAUGUGUAUCAUUCAGUUGGCGAAUAUGACAAGGCGAGAGAACAUCUCGAGAAUUCACUUGCGAUCAACAAAGAAAUCGGUGAUAGAAAUGGAGAAGCCAACUGUUACGUAAACCUUGGAGCUGUGUAUAUAUCAGUUGGCGAAUAUGACAAGGCGAGAGAACAUCUCGAGAAUUCACUUGCGAUCAACAAAGAAAUCGGUGACAGAAAUGGAGAAGCCGACUGCUACGGAAACCUUGGCGCUGUGUAUCAAUCAGUUGGCGAAUAUUACAAGGCGAGAGAACAUUUCGAGAAAUCACUAGAGAUCACAAAAGAAAUCGGUGAUAGAAAUGGAGAAGCCAACUGUUACGGAAACCUUGGAGCUGUGUAUGGAUUAGUUGGCGAACAUGACAAUGCUAGAGAACAUUUCGAGAAAGCCUUGGCGAUCAGGAGAAAAAAUGGCGACAAAAGAGGAGUAAUUAAAUCUUGCAGUAAUCUCGCGGUUUCAUUUGGCUUUCUUGGUAAAUAUCCCAAGGCUAACGAAUAUAAUCGAGAAGCACUUAUCAUCGCAUCAGAAAGUGGAGACAAAGCUGGGAAAGCCUCGUCUUUAUUAAUACAGGGAGCUAUCUUGUGCUCAAUUGGUAGCUACGUCAAGGCUAAAGAAUAUUACGGGGAAGCAAUUGCGAUCAGUAAAGAAAUUGGAGACCGAGCUUUAGAAGCCAGCUGUUACUUAAAUUUAGGACAGGUUCUUUUCAAAGAUGGUGAAGAUGAUAAGGCUGAAGAACACUUCAAGAAGUCACUUGCGAUAAGUGAGGACAUUGGCGAUGUUUCAGUACAAUUCCAAUCGCUCAAGGAACUAGCGUACGUAAGAGCACGAGAAGGAAACAAUCAGGAAGCUACAUCGUACUUACUAAAUGCUAUCGAAAAAUGCGAGAAAUUGCGCGGCUCUCUGCAAGAUAACGAUCAAUGGAAGAUAUCGUUCACGGAUAGAAAUAUUUCAUCCUACCAGAACCUGUGUACAUUGCUUUGUCACACCGGAAAUCCCGAAAAAGCUUUGUAUGUUUCAGAGCUUGGGAAGGCCAGGGCUUUGACAGAUUUAAUGUCAGCUCAGUACGCUGUGAAGAAUCAAGUCUCCGCUAAUCCUCAAACAUGGGCUGGUAUUGAAACCAUCAUGGACAGAGAACGUAAUUGUUCUUGUCUCUACGUCUCCUAUUCUCUUGACAGGAUAUAUUUCUGGAUCCUUAAAAAAUGUGGAGUCACAUAUUUUCGACAAAUAAAAGGAAAGGACAUUAUUACUUACGAAAGAUUUGUUAAAAAUCUGGAUGACUUUUUUGCCACCAAAAGCUUUAGAGGUUUUGGCAUGUCAACAAUGGAGCUACGCAAAGAUGAGUCUUUAAAUGCCAUACAAGGUAAAUCCAAUUCAUGCAAGGAUGACAGCCAUGAAGGUUUCCGAUUUGGAAAAGAAAGUAAAGAGAACCAAGGUCCCAAAAUGAAUCUUCCUCUGUGUUACAAACUAAUCAUCGCUCCUGUGGCUGACUUGCUUGACGGCUCUGAAAUCAUCAUUGUUCCCGAUCGUUUUUUGCACAACAUUCCAUUUGCCGCGUUGCCUGAUGAAAGUGGAAAGACCUUAUCAGAGACUUUCAAGAUCCGCGUCGCUCCUUCUUUAGCAACCCUCAGACUCAUCCAUGACAGUCCAGCAGACUAUCACAGUCAGACCGGUGCACUGAUAGUGGGGAAUCCUGAUGUUGGUGAGGUGAUUUUCAAAGGACGUCUUAAGUCCAUUUCGCGACUGCCUUUUGCAGAAGAGGAAGCGAAGAUGGUAGGAAGAAAGCUGGGUGUAGAGCCUUUACUAGGACAGCAGGCUACUAAGCAGGCGGUAGUUCAAGCGAUGGAAUCAGUGGCUCUGAUACAUUUGGCUGCUCACGGUGAUGCAGAAAGAGGAGAAAUUGCCCUGGCACCUUCUUUUCGCAUUCCU